AUGUACAGCACAGUACUUCAUACUUGUAUCACUCUUCUUGUAUGUACAGCACAGUACUUCAUACUUGUAUCACUCUUCUUGUAUGUACAGCACUGUACUUCAUUUCUUGUAUUGCAACACAUCGUAAUUCAUUUAAUUGCAUGCACAAUGAAGUUACACUUCCCAUCCAGUGUACACAUCACCACGUCCCACAUAUCGCGUACUUUAUUUUACUCGUAUUUUCACCUGAACUUUAUCGUAUCGUAUUUUCUAGCCACCUUGGCUAUUGUUGAUUAUUUUCUAUUAUAUUCGCUUCUCUCUCAUUCCCUUGCCCCCUUUUCCCUUUCUCUUGACCAUGACCCUUCACCCUAA